AUGUGCUUCCGCAACCUCAAGGACGAGCAGGUCUUUGUUGUCAUCUACGCUGUCUUGGCCAGUUACUUCGCUGGUGUCAUGGUUCGUCUGAUGCUUACUCUGACCCCUGUCGUCUGUGUUGCCGCCGCCCUUGCUCUCUCUCAAAUCCUCGACACCUUCCUUGUCACCAAGACCCCUGUUGCGCCUCCCGCUCAGGCCAACGGCAACACCGAUGUCGCCAAGACGGCUGCUUCCCUGAUCCCCGACACUCUGCGCUCUACCCAGAAGCCUCUUGUUGGUAUCUACUCGAGCUUCUCCAAGUUUGCCAUGAGCGGUACCAUCACCGCCUACCUUCUGCUCUUCGUUCUUCACUGCACCUGGGUCACCUCGAACGCCUACUCAUCCCCCUCGGUUGUCCUGGCUUCCAAGAUGGCCGAUGGCUCGCAGCACAUCAUCGAUGACUACCGUGAGGCUUACUACUGGCUCCGUCAGAACACCGAGCAGAACGCCAAGAUCAUGUCCUGGUGGGAUUACGGCUACCAGAUCGGUGGUAUGGCCGAUCGUCCUACUCUUGUCGACAAUAACACUUGGAACAACACCCACAUUGCCACUGUCGGCAAGGCUAUGAGCUCGCGCGAGGAGGUCAGUUACCCCAUCAUGAGACAGCACGAAGUCGACUACGUCCUCGUUGUCUUUGGUGGUCUGAUCGGUUACUCGGGUGACGACAUCAACAAGUUCUUGUGGAUGGUCCGUAUUGCCGAGGGUAUCUGGCCCGAUGAGAUCAAGGAGCGUGAUUACUUCACCGCUCGUGGUGAGUACCGCAUUGACGACCAAGCUUCCGACACCAUGAAGAACAGCUUGAUGUACAAGAUGUCGUACUACAACUACAACUCGCUCUUCCCUGCUGGUCAGGCCACUGACCGCGUCCGCGGUUCCAAGCUCCCCGCCGAAGGUCCCGAACUCUCCACUCUGGAGGAAGCUUUCACCAGCGAGAACUGGAUCAUCAGAAUCUACAAGGUCAAGGACCUUGACAACCUCAACAGAGACCAUCAAAGCGCCAUGGCAUUUGAAAAGGGCAACAAGAGAAAGAAGACUAGCAAGCGCAAGGGCCCUAGAGUCCUUCGUGUUGAUUAG